AUGGCGCCAGCACUGCCAGGCGCAGACCUGGAAAGCAAGCCCAUGCAAGCGGCAGCGGAGGACAUCUUGAGGGACUACACCGCUCGUCUCGGCGAUGCGGCGGUGGCGCUGGAGGGGCCCGGGGGGGAGGUCUAUAGCGUGGGCCUCAGCCGGCUGCGCGAGCAGAUCAGCUCGACGCAGGCGUGUGCGGACGUAUGCCUGGUGUGCCUCGAGAAUAUCGCGCCGGACGCGGCCGUGUGGACCUGCCGCAGGUCCUGCCACGUGCUGCUGCACCUCAUCUGCGCGCAGGCCUGGGGACACCAGCAGCUGCAGCAAGCAGCCGCAGCCGCGCGCGCCUCCGCCGAGCACCCCGACCUGUCACUUGGUCCGGUGGCCUUGCAGCCCAAGGCGGCGCAGCAUGUGUGGGGAUGCCCCAAGUGCCGUGAGGAGUACACCGCAGCGGAGGCGCCCAGCGAGUACCGCUGCAUGUGCAGCGCGGAGCUGGACCCGGUGAUGGCUGCAUGCUUCUGUGGCAAGGCAAGCGCCGAGCGGCGGUGCGCCGCGUCGGGCUGGUCCUGCAAGAAGCUCUGCGGCAAGCGCCUGCCCUGCGGCCACCGUUGCCCCGCGAUCUGCCACCUGGGCGACUGCAAAUCCUGUAGCCUGACAGGCGAGUAUGCGUGUGCGUGCGGCGCGGUGACAGAGAGGAGGCGCUGCGAGGAGCGCGUCUUCAACUGCGGGCGCGUGUGCGGCAAGACGCUGGGCUGCGAUCGGUGUAACUGCGAUCGCGUGUGCCACUCGGGCUCAUGUGGAGAAUGCCCCAGAGCCGGCGUCCGCACCUGCCCCUGCGGCAAGGUGGCGCACAGCAACCUGCCCUGUGACGAGGCUGCUCCGCCGUGUGGAGCCACCUGUGGGAAGCUGCUGUCCUGCGGGCGCCACCAUUGUGCGGACCGGUGCCACCCGGGCGAGUGCUCAUCCACCUGCCGAGCGAUUUCCGAGAAGAGCUGCGCCUGCGGCAAGAUGCAGAAGUUGGUGCCCUGCGCCGAGCCAUUCAGGUGCGAGAGGCGAUGCACAGGCAUGCGCGCAUGCGGCAGGCAUGCAUGCAAGAAGCGGUGCUGUGACGGCAAUCACCCGCCAUGUGAUCAGGUGUGCGGUCGGCGGCUGCGCUGCGACAAUCACACCGACCCAUCGCCGUGCCAUGCGGGCGCUUGCCUGCCCUGCCCGCUGACUGCCAGCGUGUCGUGCGCCUGUGGGAGGACGACGUACUCACUGCCCUGCGGCUCCGAGGGGGGCGCCAAGGAGCCCACCUGCGACCAGGCAUGUGGGCAUGUGUGUUCCAGCAGCAGCUGCCACCAUCCUCCAGUGCCACCCGUGCGCGCAUUCCAGCCGCCGCCAGCCCCCACAUCAGAGGGCAUUCCCUCCGCUCGCUCGCACAAGAAAGUCUUCGUCGAUUACACGCCCCCGGCACAACAGGUGGCGCUUGCUGUGAGGGCUGCGCCGGCAGUGGACAGCCAGUGCCCGCCCUGCACUGUGCCGGUAACCGUACACUGCUUCGGCAUCCACUCCUCUGCGCAGUGCCCAUGCUCUUCCGCCGCGCCGUUCUCCUGCAGCAUUCCCUGCGGCCGGCCACUGCCCUGCGGCAACCAUACCUGCUCCCGCCCCUGCCACCUGCUGGGCGAGAGGCAGGCUGAUGGCUUGAUUGAGGGGUGCCUGCCGUGCGGGCUGACAUGCCAGCGACACCGGCCCUGCGGCCAUGCCUGCCUCCUCGAGUGCCACACCUCGGACUGCCCCCCCUGUGAAGUGGAGGCUAGGAGGCAGCCGGGAGCAGAGCUGCAGUCUCUGCUGUCCUGCGGCAAGCCCUGCUACAGGAAGCUUCCAGAGUGCCCCCACCAUUGCGAGGCUAUCUGCCAUCUGAGUGAAUGCCCUGCAUCAUCCAGCUGCCAGAAGGAAGUCACGGUGCGAUGCGCGUGUCGGCGCAUGCGGGAGAAGAGGGCAUGCAGCGCCGUCAGGCAGCAGCUGGCUGCUCGGCACCUGCCUGCAGACUUUGACGCCAGCACCGCCGUGCAGCUGCUGGAGUGUGAUGCCAAGUGCCAUCAGAUCAAGGAGGGAAAGAAACAGAAGGCAGAGCAGUCAAAUGCAGCGAAAGCAGUUGCUUCCCCCGAGAAGGACACCCCUCCGUCGCCGGCACCAAACAGCCCGGAGGCCCUCUCAAUCGACAAGGCCAGCAAAGACAAGCCAGGGAAGAAGCUGUCGCGUGAGGAACGGGUGCGCCAACGAGAGGUGGCUGCCUUGGAGCGAGAGCGCGCGGAGAGGAGGCGAGCCAUUCAGAGGAAGCUGGUGGAGUAUGGGCCGGUUGCCCUGGUGCUCGCCCUCUUUCUGUGCCUCAUCCUGGGUGUCACGUCCUGGAUGUUGCAGCCUGAUGAGCUCUCUGAGGAGCGCGUCCAAGAAAUGGCUGCUGAAAGGCUCCGACGCAUGGGCCUGGAUUUGUAGGUGUCCUUUUUUUUUAAUUUAGGCAUGCAUUUGACCUUGAUUUCUUCUGCACUUUACCUGAUGAUCAUGAAACACAUCUGUCUAUGGUAGGGACUCUUUGGGUGAUACACACGUAUCAAAUAUUGCUCCAUUGGAAUUGCAUUCUGACUCAGAAUUUCUGACCCUUUGAAGAAGAAUGUAACUUCUGGC